AUGGAUUUGACGCGGAUAGCUGUGGAUGCUGGUCAGUUCAUCAACAGGGCUGUUCAGUACACGGGGGAGAGUCUUGGUCAGGCGGACAGGACAGAGUUGGAGCCCACUCUGGAGGAGCUCAUCAGCCGGGUAGACGCCACCAAAACCUGGACGGACCAGAUCAUCUCCCAGACUGAGGUUUUCCUGCAGCCCAACCCCGGAGCGCGGCUAGAGCACCGGCUGUUUGAAUACCUGGAUUGGAGCGCCCCACCUCGGCCUCAAGACCAUGAAGUGCUUGGAGAACAAAUGAAUCAGGCUGGAUUGGAGUUAGGGUCCAAUACACCCUAUGGAACUGCUCUGGUCAGGUGCGGAGAGGCUCAUAAGCAGGUGGGCGAGGCAAAGAGACAGUUCAUCCAAAGCACUCACAUCCACUUUCUCACACCUCUGCGGAGUUUCACCGAAGGGGAAUACAAAGCCUUGCAGGAUGAACGCAGGAUGUUGCUGAAUAAGCGUUUGGACUUGGACGUAGCCAAGACCCGGCUGAGGAGAGCCCACGAGGCCGAGCGAGAGUCCAGAUCCUUGAAUGCAAACCCGCUGGAUGACGACUACAUAUCUCACAUGUCCUACAUGUUCAGUUUCCUGCGUGUUAAAUGGUUAAAGAUGUGGGCUCAGGAAAUCUCUCAGGCAGAGAUGGAGCUGAGUAUCUGCCAGUCUUUGUUCGAUAGGCAGUCAGAAAUUACAAGACGUCUUCUGGCAGGAAUUGGCAACACGCACACAAACCACAUGCGGAGCCUGACUGACUUCGUGGAGGCACAGGCCUGUUACUUCGACCAGUGCAACCAACAUGCACAGGAGCUUCAGAAACAGCUGGCCAGCAUCCCAGCUGUCCUCUGCUCCAAUAACUGGCAGUCAGCAAUCCCUAAUGCAGUCAAUCAGCCAUCAACAAGCAACCAUGUAGCCAAUGAGCCCGUGGGGUUAAAUCAGGUCACUCCAAUGCCCCAUGUCGUCCACCAGCUUCCAGACUUCGACCAAGACUCGUGGACAACAAAUCCAACGCCCAGAACCAAGACUGAAAAAACGACGACAGAUUCCUCUGUGACUACACAGCUACCCGACCAGACGAAUAACAACAAUAACAACAACACCUUCCCCACCGAAAUCCAGGUCAACCAAACAUUUACAUCAAAUUCAGACAGUCACCCAUCAAUUCAGCUCUCAGCACCCAACAGGACCGCCGGAGCAGCUGCUGAGCCUCCUGCUUCAACCCAGACGCCGACAGACAGUGAAACAGCAGCAGCAGCAACCAACGGUACAGAAAGUGAGACAACAGCAACGACUUCCCCACCUUCACAACUCAGCGGAAGCUCAAACGAGGCUCCCGAGACCCUGACAGCAAAUGACGUGGCUGCUGAGCCCCAGACAUCGAAUGAAACCCAGAGCAAGCCGCCCUCCAUUAACGGAGAGGACGCUCGGGAGUCAUCAUCGGGCAGUCAGGAUGGGGCGCAGUAG